AAACGUCUCUCACUUCUUCUAAAGAAGAAAAAGAAAUAAACUCUCUUCGGAAUCUGAAAAGCCAUAAUUAGAUCAGAAGAAGAAUCUUAAGGAUCGGAUGAACAGAGCGAUUAGUCAGUUUCCCGGUAAGUUGAUGAAGGAGAAGACUGUUGCCGGCGGAGAUACGACGACGGCGAUAAGAUCUUCCGUCAAAGAUUCGGUCUCGUCGCCGCAGAGUUCUUCAGUCUCGUCGUCGUCGUCGUCUUCGGUGAGGAGACUUAACAAAGGCGAUCUGGAAUCGAGGCUAUUUGGUUUAGCGGCGAGCGAGAAGCUGAGGCAGGCGGAGGAAUCUUUGAGGACUGUCAUGUUUCUGAGCUGUUGGGGAUCUUGUUAGAUUAUAGAUCUGAGCUUAAUCCAAAACGUUUCUUCUGUGUUUUGUGCUUUUGAGUUUGAACUUUUUGUGAAUAUUUUUGUAAUUUUCGUUUUCGUGCUUCUGUAAAAGUCUUUUAUGUAUAUAAUGAAAAGAAGCUAUGAAGAAAAUGGUUUGUUUUAA